GACCGAACCGCGAAUCCCGAUCACGACGGUGGUCAUCAUCGCAAGACCGUCGCAAUUUCCUUCUCAGGACGGUAAAGCGCGUGAUCCUGGGAGCAGGCUUGACCCGGAUCGAGCAGCCACGCUUCCCCACACAACUCAACCACGCCAGGCUCAUCUCAGCGUGUGCUUCGCUGACUCUUGGUCAUCGCACGCGUGCCUCCACUCUCCCGGCAUCGCAUUGCGCAUUCUUCGGGCAGCAGGUUGCCAAUGUGAGGCUCCAUAGCUUUCGCAUCAGCCAAAUUAUACUGGUUCCUGGAGACAGAGAGCGAGCGGAUGCUGUAAGCAGGGCGUUGGGAAUGAUCAUAGACACAUACACGGCAUAGAAAGCACUUGACUUCCUCAUCAGAUAUGUAAUAGUAGCUCACAAUCUACCCUAUCAUCGCAAUUGUAGACAUAGAUUAGAGGCUGGACGAUUUAUACGAUACCCAGGAUUUCUUUCAGAUAAUUAUCUUCAUCUCUUUUGACCGGUUCCGCGUUUGAUAUUAUGAAUCCCGCACGUCGCGCUACUCCAGACUCCGAAGCGGUGGCGUCCUCCGAGGACGAGAAGCCGUGGCCUUCUUCGAUGUCUUUUGGCAAGUUUCCGCUGAAAGAGGGCGGCAUGCCCGGCCUUCCCGGCGGGAUAUGGUCGACCCGGAGUGGUAGCUUCAAGCUGUCGGACAAAGCGAAGCUGGACGCGAGAGCCAGCGUGCGCCUUGGUGCUGUGAAUCAAGUGCGCGGCACGCCGUCGCCGUCUGUGAGUGAGGGAGCGGGCGCUCUGCCUUUCGCGAUUCCGUUGCAGCCUACGCCGAAGACGGGUCGCUCGAUGUCGCAUUCGCAGGGCCAGCGCGAACCCUCUCAGAACGUCUCGGGCACGCAGCAGGGCAGUCAUGCGGCGCUGCCGCUGGGAUUGCUUGCGGAGGAGGAGGCAGAUACCGAGUCGGAAUCGGAGCUGGGAACGAGACUCACUCAUACAACAUCUCAUCCGCCGAUCGGAUCUCUGAUGCGAACCGCGACGCUCCCGCCGACGUUCGAUCACCCCCGCGGGUCCAGCAACGACAGCGACUACCAGGACAGUCAUUCCCCCCAGCCCGGCCUCCUCCGCGGGCAGACGUUCGGAGCAGCAUUUGCCAAUCUCUCGCUCGAUCACAAUGGCCGUCGUGCACAGUGGCAGAGCUCAUUGGGCUGGGAUGAUGUGCCCAACGUGAAUGAAUCACGCCGCCACUCGCUGGCAGAUAUCCCCACCCGCCGCGGCUCCCUCGCUGCUGGUGAGCCUUCGCUUCUAUCACGAACCUUCACACACGAUCCCCAAGAAAGCGACGAGUUCCAUCAACAACACAGCGAUUAUCAGGGGUACGCACUUGGCGCGGAAAACACUUCUAACAUGACUAGAGCGCCAGACGGCCAAAGCGCUUUCGACAUUCCAGCCAUGUACCGUGUGCCUCACGUGUCGCUUACCCAGACCGAGCGUCGCGACAUUGAGAUGAGACGUGAACAGCAGCCGAACAGUGCACCACAAUGGGGUCCCUCCGCCGGCCGUCCACGCAAGCAGCUUUACAUUGUGAGCUUCAAGUGCUCGCGCGUUGACGUCUUCUACCUGCUGGACAACACCGGCUUGACUGUUCGCGAAGGCGAUCUCGUCAUUGUGGAAGCCGACCGCGGUCAGGAUCUCGGCACUGUGCAGCAUGCCAAAGUCACGCCGGACGUGGCUCGCCUGUUGAAGAAGAAGUAUUCCGAAGAGCAAUACAAGUGGCUCAUGAUGUACUCGCGCAACAAGGAUGGCGGCUAUAACCCGAAUGCUCAGAUUCAGAAUGACAGCAGCGGCGGAGGCAUGAUGGGUUCCGCUUUCGCCAAUGAACUGCCAUCCAGCAUGCAGGGAGCCUUGCCUCGCGAUAACUUCAACAACCUCAAGCCGAAAGCGAUCAAGCGCCUGGCUAGUGACCACGAGAUCAAGAUGCUGGCUGAAAAAGAAGGCAAUGAGGCCAAGGCCAAGCGCACUUGUCAGCAGAAGGUUCAGCAUCUUCGUCUGCAGAUGGAGAUUCUCGAUGCAGAGUGGCAAUGGGACUUCCAAAAGCUGAUCUUCUACUACUACGCCGACCACUACAUCAACUUCAAAGAUCUGAUCACCGAGCUCUAUCGCAUCUACAAGACUCGCAUCUGGCUGUCUGCGAUCAACCCUGCUUCAUUCUCCCAGCACGCGAUGGGUCAGCCACCGAGUGGCAUUGGUCCAGGCGCCGUCGCUCCAUACAACCCAUACGCUACGAACCAGGGUUACACCAUGGCUUAUGGCGAAGACAGAGAUCCCUAUGGUGCCCAGAUGCCAUAUCGCAUUCCCUACGAAACCUACACGCCGAACUAUCCCGCGAUUCCUGGAGUCACAAACAGCUUCGCACCGCAACCCUUUGGCGAGCAGCCCAACUAUGCGUUCUAUGGUCAGCCACCACAGCAGUCACCAACCGGCCCUGGCUUGCAGCAGACUUUCUCGCCAAGUACCGGCGAGAUGUAUGCUGGUCCUGGUCAGCUCGUGAAUCGUGGUGGCCAGAACAACAACUUCUUCUACGAUGGCAAUCGCAACAUGGAGCAGCUUCUCGGCUCGGCGAAUGGGCUCGGCGCAGCUCCAGACAAUCAUGGAAUGCAAGGCAUGGGCGGUCGUGAAGGCUUUGGCCAAGCACCUGAUCAGCCAUUCUCGCGCCCAUUCCCAGGCAUGAUGGGUGCUGCUCCGCAGUCACCAAAUGACUACACCUCGCCACAGUCGAAGGUCCCGCAGCGAAAGCUGACACAGCCUCCGAUCGGCACGCGCCCGGUCUUUGGUAGCGCGGAUCCAUUCAGCUUUCCUCCACCGCAGCAACGUGCUGGCCCCGGUCAGGAGCAACCGCGCCUGGUGUUCGGACAGCAGCCAGCCCCAAACGAUAGUGCUGGUCCCGAUACCCGACUUGAAGGGCUUGCUGAUCUUGGAUCUGGCGGCAAAGAGCAAGACAAGAAGGCUGACAAGAUGACGGAGAAGAUGAACAAGGCAGACAUGAUGCUUCGUUUCCUCAACAACACCGAUGCUCCUGAAGACCCAUAGACUAUUGCCUAUGGGACUUCAAGACUGAUCACAACAUAUCAAAAGCGACAUCCCAUCAGCACGCCCAAGGCGUCUACGACACAAUCGACGACACCACUGCGAUCUACAAAAAGCCACAAAACAAUUGACGACUUGAAACUUGCCUUUUUCUCCUUGAUCUCUACCCUUACGACCACGACUGCGAUUGCUUGUGAUUAUUGGCAUUCUUCAUUGGAGCGAGGGAGAAGAGCAUAAGGAGGCGAUCUCCAGCGACACACCACAGAGGCGUUUACGAUGGGGUGGUCACGGUUCUGCAGCAAUGAGAUGACCAAUAAAAGAAUUUUUGGGGAAGUGUUUUUCUGCGGCUAUCACGACUUGGGCACAG